AUGGUUCUUGAAAGUGAAACAAUUGAAUUUUUUAUAGUGGCACCUAAUCCAGCUGAGCUCUUACAGGCUCUCUCGCGGAUCACCGGCUUUGAGGACGCAGGCUGCUGGGUGGCUCUGCCUGCUAACUGGCCAGAGUCUGCACAGGGCUCAGGGCAUGCGAGCCAGCAGCCGGAACGGGCAGAGCCUCUGUUGAUUCACUCGCUGGGCCACCAAGUGCUUAGUAACAAACAGUCAACAAAGACAGCAGCACAGGCGACAGUGGCAGCUGAGUGGAGAGACAAGAUCCCUGCUCGUUGUUGGAAAGCUGUCCAUGAUGAAGGCCUAGACCGUCACGGAGACUUUUUGGAUGCAGCCUUUGACACAGGACCCAGGCCCGGCAGAAGGGCGCUCGGCCAGCCCUGCUCCUCCCCUCACACCUGUCGGCCCCCUUGCUCGCCUCCAUCACCCCGUGCUCCUGCCCCUGUGAUCUUGGAAUCGGCCAAGCCCCGAGAUUCUGUGCCUGGUACUCUGUCUGUCUGGAAAGUUCUUCCCAAGACUGGCACCUUCUCAACCUUCAAGUCGCAGCUCAAAUGUCACCUCCUGGAGGCACCUCUCGGGACCACUCCAGCUCCAGUGUCCCCAACACCAAAGGCACAUGGCAUGAGCCUGGCCUCUGUGACUCUGGCCAGUGUCCUGCAGGUCCGGGGCGAAGCUCUGUCUGAGGAGGAAAUCUGGUCCCUCUUGUCCCUGGCUGCUGAGCGACUCCUGGAAGACCUUCGUGAUGAUUCCUCAGACUAUGUGGUCUGCCCCUGGUCAGCCUUACUUUCUGCGGCCGGAAGUCUUUCCUUCCAAGACCAUAUUUCUCAUAUAGAGGCAGCUCCUUUCAAGGCCCCUGAACUGCUGCAAGGACAGAGUGACGCAGAGCAGCCUGAUGCAUCUCAGAUGCAUGUCUAUUCUUUAGGAAUGACCCUCUACUGGUCAGCAGGGUUUCAUGUUCCACCAAAUCAGCCCCUGCAGCUCUGUGAGCCCCUGCACUCCAUUCUGCUGACCAUGUGCGAAGACCAGCCCUGCAGGCGGCUGUCCCUGCCAUCCAUCCUGGAAGCUUGUCGGGUUCACUGGGAAGAAGUGACUGUCUACCCAGCCUCUGCCAAUCUCCACAUCAGACAGCUGGUUGGCAUGGUUCUGGGCACCACCUCCCAGGUGGAGCGGAGGGCUGUGGAAGAAAGCUCUUCCGGGCAGCGGGACAGGAGCUACCUGCUCAGGAACAGGCUGCAUCAGGCGAGCCACGAGAGCCCAGCCGCGCAGGUCUUGGGGUGUCUGCAUCCCUGUAGAGUUUCAGAGAGAAACACAGAGACCCAGAGCUCCCCAGAGCCCAGACUGAGCGCCGCAGCUUACAGUCACUGCAGCCUCUCUGUUAACAGCGCACUUCCUGCUGAAGGGCCCCCAGAUCCUCAGGAGGGCCGACGGCUCAGCUCUGGUUCUGCUCUCCCGGAAAACUCACGGCCGGCCUCUCCCUCUCAGAGGGGUUUCCUGCAAAGAAGGGGAAAGUUCUCCAGGCCGGAGUUCGCCCUGCUGGCUGGAGAGGCCCCGGUGACCUUGCACCUGCCUGGAUCGAUUGUGACCAGAAAAGGGAAAUCCUAUUUGGCUCUCAGGGACCUCAGUGUGGUGCUACUGAGUGGACAGUGCCUGGAGGUGAAGUGUGACAUCACGUCGACUGUGGGAGCCGUCUUCAACGCCAUUGUGUCCUUCGCCAACCUUGGGGAGCUCACCUACUUUGGCUUGGCUUGCUUGAAAGGCAAAGAGUUCUUUUUCCUGGAUGCUGAAACCAGGUUGUGCAAAAUUGCCCCCGAAGGCUGGAGUGAGCAGCCCCAGAAGAGGAGCACCCCAAAGACCUUCACGCUCUUUCUGAGGAUCAAGUUCUUUGUCAGUCACUGUGGGCUGUUCCAGCACAGCUGGACAAGGCAUCAAUUUUACCUGCAGCUUCGGAAAGACAUCCUGGAGGAGAGGCUGUACUGCAAUGACGAGAUGCUGCUACAGCUGGGGGUCCUCGCCUUGCAGGCUGAGUUUGGCAGCUACCCAGAGGAGCAGGUUGAAAAUAAAGCCUAUUUUCGAGUUGAAGAUUACAUCCCUGCAAGUCUGAUUGAGAGGAUGACGGCUCUCCAGGUCCAAGCCGAAGUCUCAGAGAUGCACCGUCUGAGUCCUGUGCUCUGGGGAGAGGAUGCCGAGCUGGAGUUCUUGAGGGUCACUCAGCAGCUCCCAGAAUACGGUGUGCUGGUUUACCAAGUUCUCCCAGAGAAGACGAGGCCAGAAGGGGAGAUGGCCUUGGGAAUCUGUGCCAAGGGUGUCAUAGUAUACGAAGUGAGAAACAACAGCAGAAUUGCAACUUUACGGUUUCAGUGGAGAGAAAUUGAAAAGAUUUUGGCUUAUCGAAAGAAGUUCAUCAUCACAAGCAGCAUCACUGGGAAAAAGCACACAUUUGUCACCGAUUCAGCCAAGACCUGUAAAUAUUUACUGGGACUCUGCUGCGCCCAGCAUGGGUUUAACGCUCAGAUGAGCUCUCCCGGAGUUACACCUGACUAUGAUAAGUGUUUGCAAAUGGCUAAUUUGAGUCUUGCACACCUGGCCCGGUCCAAGCCUCUCAGUUGGAUUCAGAGAUUGUCCUGCUCAGAAAAUGCGCUGUUCGUACCCAGGCUGGCGGACGCCAUGGGAGGCGUGGUGCAGACGUCACUGGAUAACUUGACCGUGGAAGCCAGCAAGGGGACGGGAGCUCAGGGACUCAGAGGCAGCCCCUGCCCUGGCCGUGAGCAGCUGGAGAACAUGUGUUUGAUCCAGAAGCCAACAACUUGUGACCCUCUCUCUGGGCUGCCUGUUCGGAGCAUGUGCACAGGGCCCCAAAAUAACAAGAGGAGCUUUACAGCCGAACCAGACCGAGAAAUUGUGCACGUGACAUUGAACCGGGAUCCACGCCAUGGUUUUGGUUUUGUCAUUCAUGAGGGAGAAGAUGUAGGCAAAGUUGUUCCUGGCAUCUUUAUAUCUUCUAUUAUACCUGGGGGACCAGCUGAAAAAGCUAAAAAGAUCAAACCGGGAGGGCAGAUACUAGCCCUGAAUCACAUCAGUCUGGAGGGCUUCACGUUCGACAUGGCUGUUAGAAUGAUUCAGAAUUCCCCUGACAACGUAGAAUUAAUCAUUUCUCAGUCAAGAGGUGUUUGUGGCAAUACCUCCAGCGAGGAGAAGAAGAGCACGGCCAAUUCCAGGGUCUGCUCUACAGACAGCCUGAGCGACGGGCACCGAGGAGGUUUGCCAUCACAUACACAAGACCAGGAGAGAGUCAGUGAAGAACUAGGCAUGGCUCGGACUCAGAGAUUGAUGCCCGGGAUGAGGCCUCGGCUGUCCACUCUGCCACUCAAGGAUGCUGGUUCUCGUCCUUCAUCACCCUCAGAAACCAAUGCCAGUGAAAUCUACUUCGUGGAGCUGGUUAAAGAAGAUGGGACACUUGGAUUCAGCGUGACUGGUGGCAUUAACACAAGCGUGCCCUGUGGAGGUAUCUAUGUGAAAUCCAUCGUUCCCGGAGGGCCGGCUGCCAAGGAAGGGCGGAUCCUGCAGGGUGACCGGCUCUUGCAGGUGGAUGGCGUGAGUCUGUGUGGCCUCACCCACAAGCAGGCUGUGCAGUGCCUCAAGGGUUCCGGGCAGGUUGCAAGGCUGGUCUUGGAGAGAAGAGGGCCCAGGACGGCACAGCAGUGUCCUUCUGCUAAUAACAGAAUGGGAGAUGAAUGCACGGCUGUUUCCUUGGCAACGGUCUUGCCUGGAAGGCCCGCGAGCUGUGUCUUGGCAACAGAUGGUCCUAAGUUUGAAGUCAAAUUGAAAAAGAACAUCAGUGGUUUGGGAUUCAGUUUCGUGCAGAUGGAGAGAGAGCACUGCAGCCACCUCAGGAACAAUCUGCUGAGGAUUAAACGGCUCUUCCCGGGGCAGCCGGCAGAGGAGAACGGGGCCAUCGCAGCUGGUGACAUCAUCCUGGCCGUGAACGGAAGGCCCACGGAGGGCCUCGACUUCCAGGAGGUGCUCCAUUUACUGCGCGGGGCCUCGCAGGAAGUCACGCUCCUGCUUUGCCGACCCCCUCCAGGCACGCUACCUGAGAUGGACCAAGGAUGGCAGACACCCAUGCUGUCAGCAGACAAAGAAUUCACCAGAGCGACAUGCACUGACUCAGAGCAGAGCCCCAGCCUGGAUCAAGAGGACAGCCGAAGGGACAGUGCCUCCCCAGAUGCAGGGGAAGGCCUGGGUCUCAGGCCAGAGUCUUUCCAACCGGCCACCAGAGAGGCACAAUGGGACCAAGACACAGAGAGACCCUGGGCCACUUCCUUGACAUGUCCACAGGAUUCUUACCCUCAUUUAUGCCGACUUCACCGAGAAGUGGAUGCAUCAGCAUUGGCUACCUCUUUGGAAAAGGAUGUGAGGCAAAACUGCUAUUCAGUUUGCGAUAUCAGGAGACUUGACAGAUUUUCCUUCUCAUCUUCUCUAACCAGACUCUCAACAGACAUUUCCUGA